ACAUUUGUACUCUCAUUUCAAGAGACACAUUGGAAUUCUGCUGAAAAUCUCACAUUUUGUCCUAAGCACCUAAAAUGACUUCCUCAUUGAGGCAAUGUCGACUGUGUCUUCAAUCCGAAGGAGAGUUUCAUGAACUCUUCGAUACAAAUGGCAGGGGCAAUAAAUGGCAUGAUCUGACUUUGGAAUAUUUUCACCCAAAGAUAGUGGACAUGGCUAAGGCCAAGCAUCUGAGGGCCAUCUGCAAGGAGUGUCGAUUUAAAAUGUGGGACUUUCACAUUUUUCAAGAGACUGUUCGAAGGCGUCAAAUAAAACUGAGUAGAACUCAAACUCAGGUAUCUGUGAAAGAGGGUAAUGCUGAUAAAGAAGGUGGAGGUGAUGAUGAUGACGAUGACGUUGUAUUUUGCGGUGAUGAUAAAGAAGAGGACAACACCAUGGACAAGAAGACCUUGUCACUCGUAAUACAUUCCGCAGAGGGUGACACCCAAAUGGUUUUCGAAGUCUCAGCGUUUGAAGCAACUGCUAACAAGGAAGUAAAAUCUGACAUUGUUCAGCCAGACUUGGAAAUCGAUGUUCAGUCGGAUGCCGAAUUUAUCUCAGAGAACGAGCAGGAGCAGCAUUUUGGUGAUAUUGUCAAUGCAGCCCUUGAGAACAGAAGUGAUGACGAUGGUGAUGAGGAUGUCAUAUUUGUACCCCAACUUGAUAACGAAACUAAGGAUAGUGGCGGAGAUAAUAAUAAAAUUGAUGAGCUUUUGGCCACUUGGAUACCUAAUAUACAAUGUGUGCAUUGUCCUGUCACCUAUCCCACCAUUAAGCAACUGAAAAAACAUUUUCGCCUUUGCCAUAGCGAUGAGGAAUUUUACAUUUUGUGCUGUGGCCGUAAGCUGAAGACUCGACGCCAUAUCGGAGAACAUUUGAUGGUGCACAAUGAUCCGGAGGCCUUCUAUUGCAAAAAGUGUGGCAAUCCCUAUACGAGUAGCAAUAGCUUGAGAGGUCAUAUGCUAACAAAGCAUACCACUCGCAUGAAAUUCAAAUGCAAAAUCUGCGGCAAAAGCUUCCAGGUUUCCAAGGGUCUUGAGGUACAUGAAAGUCUGGUGCAUGGCAAAGAUAUGCGAAUUGCGCCCGAUAUAAAAACAACAGCAGAUGGCAAAAAAUUGUAUGGUUGUCGUCAAUGUGGAAAUGUUUAUAAAACGGAUAUCGCCUUCAGGUCGCAUCGUUAUAAUGUGCAUACGCGUGAGGCUAAACGUAAAUGCAAAUAUUGCGGAAGGCUAUUCAAGUCUAAAUAUAGCCAUAAAAUUCAUGAGGAAUCCCACGAUGACAAUGGGCGUGAGCAAAUUACCUGCAUUGUAUGCGGCAUUAAGUUUCAGCGAAAAAUGCCUACAAACUCGCGUAGAUGGACUAUGAAGAAUUCCUCUGGCCACAUCAACAAGUGCAGAAGUUGUAGUAGAAAGGCAAAUCAGAAUACUAGUUCUCAGUUAGCAGCAGAUGGUGUGGUGAAGUCCGAGACCAAGGAUUCAUACGCUUGCGUUUAUUGUCCCAUGACUUUUGGCUCAAAAAGUCUGGUAAUGACACAUCGACGAAGAAAACAUCCCAGGAAGAGCAACAAAAACUAUUAUCAAGAAAUAAAGCAUGAGCCAACAGCGACGAUUAGCUGUGUAAAAUAUGAAAAGGAAUAGUGAGAGCCAUUUAAAUCCCUCAAAAAAAAAAAAAAAUAAA